AUGGUGUCCGCACCGUUUGGACCACGUUCCGCCACCGAGAAAUCAGAAGCAGUCAAAGUGGUCAUCCGUUGCCGUCCAUUAUCCGCUUCUGAAAUGUCUGAUGGCCACCAAAGUAUUGUUGAUAUUCAAACAGACCGUGGUGUAAUUGAAUUGCACAAUCCAAAAGAACCAAACGAACCUUCAAAAGUAUUCACAUUUGAUUCAGUUUAUGAUCCGCAGUCAAAGCAGCUUGAUCUUUAUGACGAAACAUUUCGCCAUCUUGUCGAUUCUGUACUUGAAGGAUUCAAUGGAACGAUUUUUGCAUAUGGUCAAACAGGAACAGGAAAAACAUUCACAAUGGAGGAUCUGAUCUUAUAUAUGCCUUGCUUAGGUGUUUAUGAGGAUCCUGAAUUACGUGGCGUCAUACCGAACGCAUAUCAUCAUAUUUUCCAGCAUAUAUCACAGUCACAGAAUCAGCAAUACCUCGUUCGGGCAAGCUAUUUAGAAAUCUAUCAGGAAGAAAUUCGUGACUUAUUGAAUAGAGAUCCGGAAAUACGUUUAGAAUUACGGGAGCGUCCAGAUGUUGGUGUUUAUGUGAAAGAUCUUUCAUCAUUUGUAACGAAAUCUGUGGAAGAAAUUGAGCAUGUUAUGUCAAUCGGCCGCGCAAAUCGUACAGUCGGGAGUACAAACAUGAACGAACAUAGUAGUCGUUCACAUGCAAUUUUCAUGAUAACUGUUGAAUGCAGUGAAUGUGGUUUGGAUGGUCAGAAUCAUAUAAGAGUUGGGCGAUUAAAUCUUGUAGACUUGGCAGGUAGUGAGCGUCAGUCAAAAACAGGGUCUCAUGGUAAGCGCUUCAAAGAAGCAACAAAAAUCAACUUGUCUCUUUCCGCUCUUGGCAAUGUUAUAUCAGCACUGGUUGGCGGAAAAAGUACUCAUGUGCCGUAUAGAGAUUCGAAACUAACACGUUUGUUACAAGGUAAUGUAGGUGUUUUAAUAGAUUCAUUAGGUGGUAAUUCGCGAACUGUAAUGGUUGCUAAUAUUGGGCCGUCAUUGUACAAUUACGAAGAAACUUUGUCAACGUUGAGAUAUGCAAAUCGCGCGAAAAAAAUUAAUAAUCGGCCGAGGAUCAACGAGGAUCCCAAAGAUGCACUUCUUCGCGAAUUUCAGGAUGAGAUUACGAGGCUUCGAGAAAUUUUGGAAAAACGUGCUGUCAAAAAGGAAAAGAAGGUGUAUGUGGGCAGGAAGAGGGAAAAUAAUGAUGAAGAUGUUCUAACCGAAGAAUAUCUCAAUGAAGAACAGAAGCGUUUGGAAGAUGAAAAACAAACAAUCAUCUCUAAUUCAAAAAUUAUUGCAGAGGAAAAGCGAAAAAUACUUGCUGAUCUGGAAGAAAGGGCUGACCAACUGGAAAAGGAACGCGAAGCACAAAUUACUGUAGCUGCGAAGAUUCGAGCAAUACAAAGUAAACUUCUUUCUGGUGACGGCAAUUUAUUGGAUAAAACUCGUGAACAGCAAAAAUUGUUGGAACAACGAAGAAGACAAUUGGCUGAACAAAAGAGAAAGGAGCGCGAAAUUUUGCAACAGUUGGAAGCACAAGAAGAUAAUACAGCAGAAAUACAUGAAACAUUCAGUAAUUUGAGACAAGAAGUUCGUUCGGAAAUCAGUGACGCCUUAUCAAGUCAUUCACAGGAAAGGCAAGAGUUGGAAAACUCGGUUACCGAAAUUAAUAAAGAGCUAAAACUCAAGCUGCUGAUUGUGGAAAAUUUUGUACCACAAGAUGUUCGUGAUCGUUUACGUGAACGAGCGUAUUGGGAUGAGGAUGAGGAUACUUGGAAACUUUUGAAAGUCGGACAAAGUCGCCCCAAAAGUACUGUAUCUGAUGAGUUAUGUCGUUCAGGUGGUACUGAUUCCGGAUUAGGUAUCAGUGAUACCUCGACUAACGUUGAUUCUACUGCUCCAAGUCUUCUUAACAAUCGACCGGUGUCAAUACCUGGCAUGAGACGACCUACAUGCGAUUAUGAGCGAAUGUGUUUGACAAGGUUACGACAACAGUUGAACACACAAUCAAAAUGUGAUCGGCUACGAUCUACCAGUUAUCCAGGCGAAACUGGUACGAUAAUCUUGGAAGAAGUUCUGCGAUUUUGUGGUGAAAAUGUAUUAACAUUCACUUCACUGGAGAAAUUAGAAAGGCGAACAAAAUUAUAUGAAACUUCAGAAGUCGAAAUUAGUUUACAGGACACCGUUAAUUUCUCACUCUGUGAUGAAGAACAGGAACAAAAUUUUAUUGUUGAUAUUUCAAGAAUUCCAGUGCUGCGAGAUUCAAAUCAAAUUGGCCGGUUUCCUAUUUCAAAUUGGUCGAUGUCUAGAAAUUCUUCAUUGUCUAGGCUUUCAUCAGCACAUUCAAAAAACGUACGGGCCCGCAGCGCGCUUGGAAGAGUGAUAGCAAACUCGAAUGGCGGCACACUCGUUUAUCCCAAAGCUCGCGAGACGUUAUUCAAGCAUGUGUCGCAACAAAACCAUCUCGCACUUAAUUUAUUUGCUUUGAAUUUUUUACGUCAACAGUAUUCACUCAAUUUAUACCAGUCUUCAUUAUCAACUCCUAGUAUCUCAUGUAUUCAAGAAGAUUCUUCGCACGCUACGAGGCAUGCUGUUAUCCCAAGAACUUCCAUUAUCACCCCUAAUACAGUUGCAAAGUCUUAUAUUUACAACAAUAUACCGUAUCAACAUUGCAAAUUGUCAACAGUAGUUGGAAUCAAUCACAGUACUGAUCAUUUGAGUAGAAAAAGUAAGAGUGGUUUUGAGGAAGGAUUAUUGUUUACACAGAGCAUCAAUACUAGUAGCGACUUGCAAUAUGAAUAUUUGACCGACAAUGUGGUGGGAUGCUCCAGAAAUAACCGAUUGAAUUUUGCUGGAAAUGAUGACGUUACGCAACAGAAGCUUAAAAAUCAAGUAUGGAAUCCAUGUUUUGAACAAAUUUAUGGCGAUGUCAAGAAUUGGAUGAAAAUUAACCAAAGUGAUACAUUACAUCAAAGUUCUUUUUCUGUAACACAUCUCUCUCAUUACGAAGGAAAUAAUGUUCGUGGAAAAAGUCAUAGCAACAGCAAAAUUCCAGUACUGAUUACAAGAUCGGAAACGACAGCAACGCAGUGUUCCAAAUUUUCUAAAAACCGCAAUUUGUUCGCUCAGUCUUUUUCAAUAGCUGCAACGGAAAUCAGUAAUCAAACGAAUCCACUUAUGAUGGAAGGUUCUUGUGAAAAAUUAGCAAAUGAUCUUAAAGAAACUCCCUUUAACAUUUCAAAACAGUUAUUGGAGCGAUGUGCAUUCUGGGGACAACAAAGCAUAUCAUCAUAUACGUCCAGUUGUCAUGAAGACAUUUUAAAGUUGGCAACAUAUCCUCAGUCAACAAAACCAUGGGAAGUCCAUAUUCAUAGAAAAAGAUGGCUAUUAAAAAUGGAACCAAAAAAGGCAAAAAAAAAAAUGAAGCUCCGAUUCUACACUCCUUCAAGCUAUUCAGUGUAUCGAGAAAACCUACGGCUAAUCAGAUUCCCAAAACGGUUUGUUAUGAUUUUAACCGCUUGUGAUGGUCAGUUUCCAGUAAUUGUUCAUUAUCCGAGAACAUCAGAAAAUGCUAUGGAAAAUUACUGCGCUGGAAAUGGCUGUGCAACAUUACUUCAACUUUCGCUUUCAUCGCUCUUCUGA